GCAGGAGGCAUCAGGGAUUGGUUGUUGUUUAUGUUUGGUUUGGGGCGGGAGAUCUUUUGAAGCCGGUAGUGUAACUGUGCGAGGAAAAACAGUACGUAGAUAGAUUAUGCAAAUGGGGGACUAUGAGGACGUGGGCUUGAGUCUUUUUAGAGGAAUGGACACGAUUCAAAUAGAACAGGACAAUGAACAUCUGGAAGAAGAGGCAGCGGAAGAGCAGCGUAGAAGAAAUGAAGAGCUUCGAAGUAUUUUGAAACAAACUUUUGCCGACCUGUCAUUCGAUGACGACGACGAAGAGGAUGAUGACGACGACGAGGAUGACAGCGGUGCAGAUGAUGGCAGUAGUGAUAGUGAUGAUAGUAGAUGCAGAAAUAAUGAGAGGCAACACCAAGCAUUAGCUCAGACGGUUCUGGAGGAAUCCCAGAUAUUGCCACCACGACCUGUGACCGAGGGCUCCGUGAUGUUUCCCGAAAACGGCCACCUGACACCGCAGUGGGACACGUCUACUAACAGUGAGCUGCCACCAAAAAUUUGCAAGGAGUCUGGUGAGCCGCACCGAGGGAGCCCGGAGAGCUCGCCAGAGAGGCGGCCGAGGCUGGCGGCCCGGGCCGCCGGCGCCGUCACCGUCACCGUGCCACCCGCAGCCGCCGCCGCCGCCGUCUCCGACCCGAACGAAGUCUACCGGCAGGCAGGUUACGAAAGCGCGGAGCAGCUACGGGUGCUGUACGAAGUGCGGACGCGGGAGGUGCAGCGGCUGUCGCGAGAGGUGGAGGCGGCGAGGGCGGAGGCGGCCGCGGAGGUGGACGGUCUGCGCCGGCGGAUCGUCUCCUGCGAGGCCGACAAGAACGGCCUGCAGCUGCAGCUCGGCAACGCACGGAGCCUGCUCGCUGAACACAAAGGGAGGACACAAGAAUUGGAGGAUGAGGUAGAAACGAUGAAGAGGAAUAUUUUUAACUUGGAAAACUCUAAGAAACAGCUGGAGACGCAGCUGGCGGCGGCGCAGGCGGCGGUGGUGGAGCUGCAGCACAAGGUGCUGCUACUGGAGCGCAGCCGGCUGGGCGACGGCCGCGAGGCGCUGCGCGAGCUGGAGGGGCGGCACCGCGCCGACGUCGACGCCCUGCGGCGCCAGCUCCACGAGUGCGACGCGCGACUGCGGGAACAGGAAAGAGAGGCGGCGGAGCGCGAGGGCCGGUUGCGGGAGCAGAACCGCGAGCAGGAGCGCCUGCUGGUGGAGAAGGGCGAGGCGGUGGCGGCGCUGGCGCGGCAGCUGGAGGAGGCGCAGCGCGGGCUGGGGCGGGCCGGGGCGCUGCGCGCCGAGGCGGAGGCGGCGCAGCGCGACGCACAGAGGGCCUCGCAGCAGCUGGAGGCCGCGCAGCGAGAGCUGGAGCAGCUGAAGUCGGAGUUGAAGCAGUACGAGGUGCUGGACUCGCUGGGCCUGCUGUCGGCCGGAGGCGACUCCACGGUCGACAGGGGGGUGCGCGACAGCAGAGGCGGCGGCGGCUUCCACGCAGAGCUGCGGCGCGAGUUGCAGCGCAGCCUCGCAGGCCAGAAGGUGAAGCGGGAGGAGAUCCGGCGCCUGCAGGAGCAGCUGAGGGAGCGCGACCGGCAGCUGUGCGAGCGCGACCGGCAGGUGGCGGCGCUGCAGCGCCAGCAGGAGCUCUACCUGCAGGAGGCCGACAAGUUCAAGGAAGAAGUCGACAAGCUGUACGCCCAGCUCGCCCACCGCGACAGCGCCGACGGCUGCGCGGACCCCGACGCCGAGGCGGCGCGCCGGGACGCGGAGACUCGGCGAGCGGAGCUGGAGGCGGCGAAGGCGGAGGCGCGCGACCUGGCCGAGCGGCUCGCGGCCGCCGAGGCGGAGCUCCGGGAGGCGCAGGGGCACGCCGAGGCAAACGGCAGAGAGGAGUUCCUGAGGUUCCACGAGCAGGCAGCCGCGAAGACGAAGAGGGAGCACGACGAGCGGGUCGCCGCGCUGCAGUGUCAGCUGGAGAAGGCUGCCGAGGAGUGUGACCGAGUGAAGCGGAUGUACGUGGAGGUGUGCGGCUCCAAGGAGCUGCUGCUGCAGGGGGUGCAGGAGGAGCGCGCCGGCUGGGAGGCGGAGAGGGCGGAGCUGCGGCGUGAGGCCGCCCAGCUGCGGGCGCGUCUCGACCUCUACGCGGGGAGGGUCUCCCGGGAGAUCGACAGGGCCAAGGAAGCUGCAAUAGCGGCGGUGGCGGCCGAGGACAGGAAGCAGCCGGAGACCUGCUCCGUGUCGGUGCAGGCCACGGCGAGCCCGUUGCCGUCUCCAGUUCCCGGGGGCGACGGCUGCGCCUCGUGCGAGGCCCUGCGGCAGCGGGCGUCGUUCCUGGAGGGCCGCACGGAGGGCCUGACGGAGGAGCUGUGCCGGCGGCAGGCGGAGCUGCGGGAGAGCCGCGGGCGCGCCGCCUCGCUGCAGAGGGAGCUCGCGCAGCUGGCAGAGAAGAGAGAGUCCCUGGAAGCGGAAAUAGUUCAGUACAAGCAGAGACUGAAGGACGCGUUGCAGUCGCAGGAAGAAGCGAAGCGCGAGGAGGGGCAGCCGGCGUCCGAGGAGCGGCAGGAGGCGGGGAGGCGCGCGGCUGCUCUGGAGGCGGAGGUGGAGAGGCUGAGGGGAGAGUCGGCGCGAGCUGUAGCGGAGUGCGGUGCCGCACGGCAGCGGGCGGAGUCCCUGCAACGGGAGCUGUCGGCGUGCCGGGCGGAGGCGGAGGUGGGGGCGGGGGCGAGCGGCCGCGAUGCCGAGGAGGCGGCCCGGCUCAGGGAGAGGCUGGAGGAGGCGGAGCGGCACGUGGCAGAGUCCGAGAGGCGCGCCGCAGAGGUCUCCGUCAAGCUGACGGCGGAGCUGACCGCCGCGCGCGGCCUCUGCGAGCAGCUCGCCGACAGGCUGCAGGAAGGUAGAGUCGAUAAGAAAGACUCGGAGACUUGCACAGAAUGGGAAUAUCCUGACCUGGAACAGCUGGUGGCGAGGCACCGCGAGGAGAUCGAGAGGAUAAAGGACCAGACUGUUGACUACUUCGCCAACCAGGUGCUGCAGCUGCAGGAGCAGCACUGCGCGAGCCUGGCCAAGGCGGAGCAGCUGUACGCGGAGAGCCUGCAGGCGGCGCGGCUGGCGGCAGUGGAGGCGCGCGAGGAGGCCGCCGCGGCGCGGCUCGGCAAGGAGGAGACAGAGAAACACCUGGUGCACGUGCAGAAGACCCUGAGCGAGGUGAAGGCCGACCUCGCGCAUGUCAGGAACAAGUACCACACUGCCAAGAAGGUGGUACACGACUACAAGGUGUGGGCGCAGAAGCGGGAGGAGCAGUGUCGGCAGGAGUGGCGCCGCCUCGAGGAGGGCUACCGCGCCUCCCUGCUGGAGCUGCAGCAGCGCAUGGACCGGGUGCUCGACCACCAGGGGAAGCGGCAGGCACCUCGGGAUAACAGUUAAUGCCGCAGAUGCUCUCCCCGUUUCAACUGGGAAGGAUGUUCCGCACAGAGGGAAGUGCUUCCUCUGCUGUCCAUUGGAAAACGUCCCACAUCGGGGAUGGACCACUGCAAAAAGUUGCAGAAGUCUGUCCCCUACUGUUAUUUGACCUCCACAAUUUAGAGUUCCUAGGAAUUCGACUACGUGUGCCUUACAUUCCUACCGACCGUCCACAUAUGUGCCUGACUGGUGUUUUAAUGACAUGUACACACACGAGAGUAUUGUAAAACAGAUAUUUGUAUGUAAGACGACGUUUUAUAAAUCACUCCGUACAGGGGCUGAUCUUCA